UACAAAAUGCAUGAAUAUCCAUAGUUAAGCAAGAAGAAUGUUUUCCAGACUACACUUGAUGUCUCUUAAAAUGGUUCAAGUUGCUGUGUCAGUUCUGUUGCUUACAGGUGUAUUGGGAGCACCAUUUGUGUCUGAAGAAGAAGCAAAUGAGUUUAUACGACUUAAAAGACAAACACCAUAUUCUCAGAAUUGUUGGGAUCCAAGCAACAGCCAGAAUGCAUGGGGUUACACUCUGGCUGAACAGGUUAGUGAAUCAUGGAUGGCUUUGAGAACCACAACACAAUACUACAUGGACUUGGGAUCUUUUGCCUUUGAUCCUGCCACUGCCCGGGACCACAUUAGGUCUUACAUGGAUAUGCUACAGCAAUCUGGGGCUCACCUCCAGCAGCAGAUAAGAAAACACAACUAAAUCAAAGAAAUUUCAUGUAUCUGCCAACGUACUGUAUGGGGGAAUUUUUAUCCAGGAGUUACACUUGUAGCUAUUUGCCACAACCACAUCUACCUUGUCCUGUACCUUAUUAAGACAUCUAAAGAUGGAACACACACACAGUAGCCCCACAAAGUCAAUAGCUCGUAUUCAUCAGGUAAAAAUGUAAUGUUAAAUUAUGCUAAAUUGAACAAAAAUGGUGACGAUGACACAGCAUCCAUAGUGGUUUUUAGUAGGACAGGUUAAAAAAUUGUUUUUUUCUUUUCUUUUUGAUUAAAUGGAUCCCCCCUCUUCCCACUCCCACAAAAUAGUCCAUUUAAAUAAAUAUUGCAGUUCUGGCAAGUGAAAACUGGAUGUUUUUCACUUCUUUAACUAAAGACUUUCGCAUUUUAGUUACUGAAAACUGAAAUUUUGGGGUUCAAUUUUUUUUGCUAAACCCAAAUUUCAAAGGAAAUUUUAAAGAAAGAAACACUCUCUCCCUCCUCCUUUUGGUGUGUGUGUGUGAGGGUAGUGAAAAUCAUGUCAGCUCUAGUUUUCACCAUAGGCAGCAAGAACUUUUAAUAUUGUUGCCAAUACAUUAAAUGCUUUAGAAUACUGCUUCCACUUCACUACCUCCAAAACUCUGCUUUCAGCAUUGAAAGUAUUGGUCUUGAGCUCUUAAGUGCAAAAUGGUUGAAGUCCUGAUGACCUAAGCGAGCUGCUCUCUCCUUACAGCACAUCAAUUGUCAUCAGUGAAGACACUUAUUUGCAGCACCCUGUUUACCAUGGAUGUGACUAGUGACAAGGCAUUUUCCAUCACAGGUCUCAAAUUCUCUCUUCAUUUGAUCAUCCAAAAAUACUUGACCAUCAGGACACGUAUUGUCUCAGGCUUUUUGGCUGCAGGCCUCUCAAAGAAUAGCAUAAGUGAAGGAGGGUGCUUUUACUGUGAUACUUUAGUUUUCCUCCUUGGAUUAAUAAAGUAGAUCAUAUGUAAUGUGGAUUUUCCUAUAGGUACAAAUAUCCAGAGCUACUGUGAAGUGAUUGCAAACUCUAAAGAAAACAUUAAAUCUUUUG